AUGCCGUCUGUCCUACGUGCCCAAAGCCCUAAGAAUAUUUACCAAAAGCCUCCACGGACAACACUCGAGGACGUGAUUGUGAGGUGUGAACUCACUACCUUCGACUCUGAGGAGACCUAUCCGUGUGUCUUGAACAUCGGCAGUGCGGAUGCGAAGGACACCAUCGAAGGAUUCGCUCAGGCUUUUGACAUCGAGAAGCAAUCUCUGUCGUUGCGUAUUCCCGGCAAGGUUGUAUCAGGAACCAACAAUACCAGCCGCCAUGCGAUCGUCAUAAAAGGCCGUCCCCUCGAAGUCCACUAUGACAACCGGGGCGAGCCUCCAAAGCCAAGAAAAUUGAUCAUGUCUUCUCGCACCUCAGCAUACGGACCCGGUCAGGACCAGGGUCCAGCCUCGUCCGACCCAACUUUCCGAUCCUACAGCGCUGCACAAGCUGCCACUUACGCUGCACAGAGGGGUGGCUACAAAAACAAAUUGAUCGACCAAGUGCUCUGUCUACAUCAAGCAGCAGGGGGUGAUCUUGAUAUUGUCCUUGACGUUGGCACGGGCACCGGACAGGCCAUCCGCGAUGUGGCACCCUUUUUCACGACGGCGUUUGGAGUCGAUCCCGGCGCCGAGAUGGUUGCUAAAGCCAGGGAGAUAGGAGGUACGACGAAAAUUGGGAAGGGCAUCGAGUUCUUAACCUGUGCAGCAGAGGAUCUCGAUAAGUUGAGCCAAGUUGAGCAUGGAUCCGUAAAUCUGAUUACCGCAGGGAUGGCCGCACACUGGUUCGAGAUGCCAAAAUUCUGGACAGCAGCGGCUAAGGUUCUCAGUCCAGGAGGGUCUGUAGCUCUUUGGACAAAGUCGUCUUAUUAUUGUAAUCCUAUGGUGACUCCAAAUGCCGUCAAAGUUCAAGCUAUACUCUCAGAAUUUGAAGAUUUGAUUCUGGGUCCUUACGCUUUGCCACCGAAUAAAUUGUCGCAACACAAUUAUAGAGACCUUGUUCUUCCCUGGGAAAGGGAGUACACAGCAUCUUUGUUCGAUGAAAAGUCAUUUAAGCGAUUGGAGUGGGAUGUUGGCGGCCAUCUGACUGAUGGCGCGGAUUUCUUUGGUGGUAGUGAGGAGACAACCCUGGCUGAAAUAAGGGACGGCAUGAGUACGGCUAGCAUGGUAACGCGAUGGCGUGAUGCCCAUCCUGAACUGGUAGGAACAGACCAAGACUGCGUAAAUGUUCUGGUAGAGAAGCUCAAGGCAGCCUUGGCAGUGGAAGAUGGGAAGGAAGCAGAGACAAUAUUGAGAAUGGGUAUGGGGACUGCUAUCUUGUUCGUCAAUCGAGCGAAAUGA